AUGGCAGAGGAAUUUGAUGAUGAUCAAUUUGAUGGUUAUGUUUCUACAAACACCAAAAAUAGAUAUGACUAUUUUAACGAUAUUCAACCAGAAUAAGAGUAGACUUAAAUAUAGAAUGCUCCAAUAUUUGCUGUUACUCAAAUUCCAUUAUAUACAUCCCCAACCACCUAACCAAUUCCAGAUAUAUCUAGUUUGUAUCAAAAUCAGCCAUUAAAUCAAUAAUCCCAUUUCAAUUCAAAUCCGCUCUUGUAAUCAAAUUUUACAAAUUAAAACGAUAAUUAACAUAGCCCCAUUUAUCAAAUUCCCUAACAAAAUAAUCCUACCUAAUUAGAAUCCUUUAAUUCAAAUGGUCAUUCCAAUUAUGCACACUAAUAAUAGUAAUAAUAAUAGUCCCAAGCUUAUGAAGAUGAAGAAUUCUAAGAAGGGGAGUUUAUUGAAGUACAAAAACCCAUUCAAAUAAAAUAAGAAUCUUUGCUUGCAGAUCAACCCUAAAUCUUGAGCACAAACAAAAAUGAAGAACAUUAAUAUUAUGCAAAUAUAGAAUAAUAAGAAUAAUUAAUCAAUUUUGAAAUCCCAACAAGUGGAAAUGUGAUAUCACCUUAAUAAUAAUAAUAAAUUAUUUCAACUAUUUAAUAAGAACCUAAAAUAUAAUUAACCUCAAUUUAUGAUGCAUUUCCAUCUGAACUAAACGAAACACCUACAUCAUUAUAGCCGUCUCCUUUAUUGCAAAUUACUGAUUUAAAACAAGAAACCUAAAAUGAUUCAAAAUAUAUGAAUAAUGUAAAUUUAAUCGAGAUGUAUUAAAAUUCUGUUAUCCCUCCCAUAAAUGAUCAGCAUGUGAACUAAAUGGAUGAGUCAUCUACACCUUAAUAAAAAUAAGAUUUAUUACAUUUAAUUGAUUUUAAUAAAGAGUCAAAUCCAAACUUAAGGGAAUAACAUUACGAACAAUAGUCUGAUUCUUUGUUAUAGUUUUCAAAUGAAAAAUAAGAAUAAUAAUAACCAAUUUAAUAAGAACCCUUAUUAAUGUAGAAUAACUUAUUAUCAUUACAUAAUGAUUUACCAAAUGAUGCAUUUUAAUCUGAAUAAUAACAUCAAUAAAUUAGUUCAUACAAUUUUCAAAAUAUAGUAAUAAACAGAAACUUCGAAACUGAGGAUUUACAAGAAGAAUCCAAAACUCCAAUCUAAGAGUUAUAACAUGUUUAAUUUAAACCUGAUCAGAUGGCUGUACAGAGUACCCAAUUAGAAACGAAAAUCGACAAUGAAGAAUUUGAUGAAUUUGUAGAAGGAGAGGAGAUAGAAAGCACAAUCGAAAAUCAUUAAUAAACUUAAUAAAUAUAAAUGGAAUCUACUAUAACAAAUUAAUAACAAUAACAAUAAGUAGUGUAAAAUCCAUAAAUAACAUCAUAAAUUUAUAAUAUUUAGGAACAUUUUCAUUCACCGAGUUCUUAACAAUAAAUAUAGUUUUAGGAAAGUAGUUUACUUUAGCUUAACAAUAUAUAGCUGACACCAGAAAUUAAAAUAAAAUAAGGGCCACUAAAGGUUGAACCAAUUUAGAAGCGUAAUUGGAGAAACUAAAUAGAAGACAUUGUUGGAUUCGAUGCAGAAUGUAUGGAUAGUUUUAUUGAAGAAUUGAGCGACUUAAAAUUAAAUUUGUAUAAGGCUUAAGUGUUAGAAUAUGCUUAAUUGGCUAAGGAUAUUUAGGCUUUGAGAAAGAAAAAGCAGAUUCACGUUGAUAAAGAAGAGUACGAAGAGGCAACUGUUAUUAGAGAUACUUUAAGAGCAAAAGAGCCGAUAGCUAUGGUUUUGAAGAAGAAAAUAUUGUAGAUUGCUAAGGUCAUUGAUCAAAUGGAUUAAUAAGAUUUGGAUUAUCAUAUAAAGAAAUAUAUAUUUGAUCACGAAAGUGAAAUACCCGAGAAUCCAUCAAUAGAAAUGCUUUUACCAAAGAUUCAGAUUGUAGAAGACUUUGUAAGUAAAUUAAAGAAAGAAUUGAAAAAAUCAGAGUCAGUUUUGUCUAUAAUAAAAUUAUAAGGGCAGUUGGAAAAGGUUAGAUAUGAAAAGAAAUAUCAAAAUUUCAUUUUGGGAUUGAGAAAGAUUAUAGGAAUGAGUCAUAGAUUUUCUUAAUUGAAUGAGAUUGUCUAAUCGGUUAAUGAUAGAUUAAGUGAUCUAAAAAUCGAAAAAGAAGUGAAUAAAUUGGAUUACGAAUUCAUUUUUGAAAAUACAUUGAUUCCCUACUUGAAAGGAUAGUAAUAAUAGCAGAAUUAUUGUAAUUAUUGUUUCCAAUCAAAAUCAGAUUUGAUUGAGUACAAAGGGAAGUUGUACGACGUUUGUUGUUUGAAUUUUUAUUAUAAUAUUAAUUGA